AUGUCCGCGUCUCCACCCAGCGGCUCGUCCAAGCGACGGGUGCGCACAGAGGCUCAGAUGAGCCAGAAGCGACUGGCAGAUCGCGUCAAGCACAGGGAGAACCGACAGGAGCACAAGCAGCGUAUGGAGCGCAUGGAAGCAGACAUUGCACAGAUCAGAAAGAACCUCGACACCGUUUCCGCCCAGCUCCGGACGCUCCCGCAGUUGAGCGCUGAUCUCGUGGCUCUGCAGCAGAGAUCUUCGCAGAAACCCCCUGGCGAGGCUUAUGAGAUGGACACGAGCAUUGACACCCCGGACUUCCCCGCAGGGCGACGAGCUGCGCCGGCGGGUGCUCCAUGUGCUGUUGCGGCGGACCACCACGACAUCCCGCCUGCCGAGGUCCCGGAGGUAGUGUCUAGUUUAUUCCCCACGCCGUCGCACGUCGAUUGCCGAUGCGGAGUGCAGCACCACUCGCAGGCCGAUUGUCUCGAGUAUCGGAGUUUCGCCAUCCUCUACGAGACCCAUGCUGCUUUUCCCAAGGAUCCGCUCCACGCUAGGUCCCUGCCGAGGAACCCUGAGCUGCCCAACAUGACGCUUCACUCUUACGGGGAUAAUGCAGUCACAUGUUUUCUGACCUCGUUUCUCAAGGGUUUUGAGAUGGCUAGUGUGGAGACUUUGUUCGGGGUGUAUUUCUUUGCCUAUCGUCUCAUGAGAUGGCGCUUACAUCCUGAUCCUAUGACUCUCAAGGAUGUUCCGCCGUGGCUGCUUCCUACCGAGGUUCAGAAUACAUAUCCUCAUCCUGUGAGCAUCGAUUACAUCCCUUGGCCCGACUUGCGAGAUUUCCUCUGUACGAAUCCACGUAUCAAGUCAAGGCAUUCCGUCAAGAUAUACCUUGAGUCUCUUCAACUGAAAUGGCCGCCUGGAUGUCCUUUGAUGGCUGUUCAAGGUGGCCAUGUCUGCGUAAGCCCCGAGUUUGAGGCCAUUGCAUGUGAUCUCAAUAAUUGGGAGCUAGGGCCACCUUGGUUGGAGGCUUUUCCUCGUUUGGUUUCACUGGUGCAUCCUUGA